CCCGGACUUUCUGAAUACGGAUUCAAAAGAUUGCUUUACUUCAGCGUGUGGAGCUAUGUACUUGGCCUAAUAAACUACCAGGAUGUAUCAUAACUUUUAAACUGGUGGCCAUCGGCGACUUUUUGAAAAGAUGUCGUCUGCUUCAUCCGCGGGAAAAGACAGCAUCUCGUGCCAAUCCAUGGAAGACAAUGACAAAUCUGACUUCAUCGAUGAAAAUUUAGGGAUGAAAUUGCAAGCAACACUCCAGCUAGCUCUACAAUCCUGCGAUUUCGACGCCAUCAAAAGUAUUGUAGAAAACGACACAUUUGACGUCAACUGGCGUGAUGUCACUCAUGAUCUACAGAGCCUCGUUAUGAAAUUAUGCUACGUCAAUCUAAGUGAAAAAGAAAUCAUUCAAAUACUCGACGCCGUCUUAGAAAAAGACCCGGACCUAAAUCUACAAGACUCACACGGAAGGACUGCUCUUAUGCAUGCAUGCAUUGGCGGGAAGGAAGAACUCGCUGACUGGUUGAUUAGUGACCCCACGACCCGGAUAGAGGUGUUCGACUUUGACGGUAACUCGGCCUUGUCUCACGCCGUCCGGGGCUGUUCCGACAGAACCGUCAGGAGGUUGCUGGACCAUCCUAACGGGCACCUGCUACAGGAAGUCUAUAACAGUUUUGGACAAAGGCCUAUUGAGAUAGCAGAAAAACUCGAAAGCAAAGAUAUUUUUAAUUUGUUGGCAUCAUAUCAAAACCAAACCAAGCGAGGAGAAUCCCCAAGGAAGAAACUCGUACUUCCACCCGCCUUCUCGCCUCAAAACGAGACUGCUUUAAGAAUGGCUGCCAAUAAAAAUACUUCCAUGAGCGAUGUGGACAAAUUAACACCGCGGUCCACAUAUAUUGAUGACGAAACACCCAAUCUGUAUCUGACGUCAUCAAAAUUGAGUAGAAAGAAGCAUAGAAGGUCGAUUGACAGUUUAAGUGUAGAGACCUCGCUUCUCCCAGCGAUAAAACCUACGAGUAAAAAGUGUGCGCAAAUAGGUACGCCAAGGGACCAUAAAGACAAACUGAGCGUAGACUCGAAACAAAGGGAAAGGCGGAACUCUAUUUCACUUCCGGAUCUUCGGGAUUCCCCAGGAGGUUUAGUGGCAUCCGGCGGAAAUAGUCCUUAUGGGAACGAUGAUGAUUAUUCGUCCGACUCAGAUUUUAGUGAUGACGCUAUUGUUGAUCUCUGUUCGCUUGACAAACCAAUGGACCGGGUAGUCAAACGGAGCGCAUCCGAGAAACAUAUUGGGUUUCCAAGCAUCAAUAAAGGCAAAGAGGGUACGAAAGUGAAAAGAACUUUAACGGAGGGAAGUGUGUAUAGCAACAGUGACAGCAAACUAAACAGACUUAAACUGCUUCAGAAAAGCGUUUUAAGUUAGGUUUAAACCAUAAACGGUAGUUGCUGACUAAACUUUGAAACAUGAAAGUUUUGAAUGGAUAAACCAUUUGUAAAUACAUGUAUAUGUAAUUUUUGUAAAUGUCUAAUAUUAUUUAUUACUUUUGUAUGGAAAAAAGAAUGUUAAAACUUGA